ACCCCCAUGUACUUCUUCCUCAGCCACUUGGCCUUCGUUGAUGUCUCUUUCCCAUCUGUCACUGUCCCUAAGAUGCUCACAAACAUGCACACUCAGCAAGUAUCCAUCUCCUAUAGGGGAUGUAUUUCCCAGGUGUAUUUCCUUUUGUUCUUUGCUUGUCUUGAUAGUUUCCUUCUUGCAGUGAUGGCCAUCUGUCAGCCCCGCCACUACACCACCAUCAUGAGGCAGGAGCUGUGUGUCUCCUUAGUUGCUGCAUCCUGGUUCUUUUCCUUUAUCCACUCUCUGUUGCACACUCUGCUCUUGAUCCAAGUGUCCUUCUGUGGUGACAAUACCAUCCCCCACUUCUUCUGUGACCUCCCUGCACUCCUGAAGAUGGGCUGCUCAGAGGUGUCCCUCAGUGAGUUGGUCAUCUUCACUGAGGGAGGAGUGGUCUUUUCCCUUUGUUUGGGUGGCAUCCUGGGCUCCUAUGUCCAUAUAGGGACCACUGUCCUGAGGGUCCCUUCCACCAAAAGUCUCUUCAAAGCUUUCUCUACCUGUGGCUCUCACCUUCUUGUUGUGUCUUUAUACUAUGGGACCACUGCAGGAGUUUACUUCUCCUCAUCAUCCACCUCCAGAGACAAAGACAUGAUCGCCUCUGUGAUGUACAUGGUCGUCACCCCCAUGCUGAACCCCUUCAUCUACAGCCUGAGGAAUAGAAAUAUAAAACAGGCCUUAGAGACUUUUCUCAAUAAGAUUAGCUACAAGUGA